CUGCGCAGGCAUGUUAGGAUUGUCUCCAGCUAAGGUGACUUCUGGUGGUUGCUUUGCAAGUCGUGGGUCUGGUUCUAGUCCUGUGCUGUCAACAUGCUGAUGUCUUCCUUAUUCUGAACCAAAGUGAUGGUGAAAGUAAGCCUAGGUGGUUCUUUAUAGAGGAGAUUUUUGUUAAUUAUUUUGAGAUCCUUAAAACUUAAAUGAUCUGUAAUACAGUGAAUCUUCACUGAAUAUUUUACAAACUAGCCAUUAACAAUAGUAACAGAAAACACUGUUCAGAUGACAUUGCCAACUACAGUAUUAAUGCUAUAAGGAAAAAAAUUCCACGUUUGUCUAACCUGGAAUGAAUUCUGCAGUCAAAGUGCAAUGAAUGUAAAAGGGAAUUAGUAAACGUGACUUAUUCAAAAAUAGAAGGAAAAACAUGCAAUUUUUAAGUUUGGUUAAUUACAUAUAUGUUGUUGUGUUUAAAAAUAAAGUUUCAGAAGUGUUAAUUGUUCCAGGCCCUAACAAAGGGAAAGGAAUUAUUCACUGCAAUAUGUAGAGCUCAGUCAGGAUGCCCCUUGUGUUUUGUAAUAAGCAAGGCAAAUUGCUUGAGCAGUGCACACUUCAUUUAGCUUUUCUGCAAUUAAAAAAUAAUUGAAAAGCUCUUUCAUUGCAGCAAGGCAGACAGACUUGUAAAUGCUUUGAAUGCAAAGCAAUUGUGUAGUAAGGUAGAGAAUCUGUCGAGAGUACAAAGGCCAUCCUGGAAAAUAAAGUAUGUUAUUUUUCUUAUUUACAUAACUCAAUAUACAGACCAACUCACUACUGGAAAAUGUAUCAUGUAGGAAAACUAUAAAACAACAUUUCUAAUUUCAGUUUUCUGAAAUGGAAUUCAUCUGAAAGUAACAAAAAAACAUUCCUGAAAGCAGCGCAGCUAAUUACAUUUUAUUGUUUAAGGGUGCAACUGGGAUUAAGGGCGCUCUCGCAAGAUGAUGGGUCUGUGUUAGCUUGCCCUAUGAACCUAUGUAAAUGAACCUAUGUUCACGUUGAAGCUAGGUAAAUGUUGUUAAAAUUUGCUGUAUAUGUAGUCGAGCAAAAAAAUGUAGCUUAAUUUUGCCAAACGCCAAUCCCUGGAGAAAGGAAUACUAAAAUGAGACUGUUUCACUGGUGUUUCUAAUAUCCAGAGAAUUGCAAACAUAUUCCUCGUGUGGUUUUCAUGUUAUUUUUAGUUCAGGUUGAAGCCUGGUUAUUCAGUGUACAUUCUGUAGUGUCCUGUGGCUUCCUCUUCAAGAAUGUUUUUCCCUUCCACCAGCCCCAUACCAAAAUACUUUUACUUAAAAAUUCAGUUAUGUUUUAGUGUUGGAGAGAACACUCAAAAAGUCAUGUUCAUAUACUGUAGGAACUUUGCCCUUCAGUGACUGUACAAAUACGUGAGGAAAUACCUACUCUGUAUUGUGUUUGGAAUGUGUUUGUGAACUGUGUUUGCAGGGGAGUAUCUUUGAUGAACAAGGAAGAGAAAUCCUGCCAGAAACCUGUGGACAAAUAUAUUGAGUAUGACCCUGUUAUCAUCUUGAUUAAUGCUGUUUUAUGCAAAGCACAAGCAUACAGGCACAUUCUUUUCAAUACAAAAAUAAAUAUUCAUGGGAAGCUCUGCAUAUUUUGUUUGCUUUGUGAGGCUUAUCUCAGGUGGUUGCAACUACAGGGUUCAAGCCAAAAUACAGAUCCUGAUGACUUAAUCAGAUAUGCCAAGGAAUGGGAUUUUUAUAGGAUGUUUGGUAUAGCUUCUUUAGAACAAACUUCAUUUUUGCUUGGAAUAUUUAUUACUUUAUGGUGGAUGAGACCUGAGAUGCUGAAAACAAAGUCUGACUUCAUUUUACUUCUCAAAGCACUGCUGUUGUCCAGCUAUGGAAAGCUUCUGCUAAUUCCAGCUGUUAUUUGGGAACAUGACUACACGCCUUUAUGCCUUGUGUUUAUAAAAGUGUUUGUCUUGAUAUCAAACUCCCAGGCAAUUAGAGUUACAUUGAACUUGAACCGAAUGCUCGCUUGGUUGGCCAUCAUCUUUGGAUUAAUUUUGGAAAAUGGUGUGGUCUGCUUGUUCCAGAAAAUGGGAUGGGAUGUUUGAAACCUCAGCCCAGAGCUGAAGAAAUACCGACAUCAUCUUUUCUAAGAAUGAUCUCUGCCAGCAAAUUCCAAAGAUCCUAUUUUCAUAGUACUUAAGAAGGUGAUAGAUAACAAAAACUUGCAUUAGUGGUGAGUGUAAACAGCUUUAGGAUGAGUGAAAAUGAGAAACUUCAGAAGUUUGGCUAUUUAAUGUGGUUAGCCACAAAACCUCUGCCUUAGCUUGUUUAUUUUCCCAUUAAAAAUAUGAUUGUGUCACUAUCCUAAUAGCUUUAUAAAUCUGGUUGUGUACCUAUGGCUGUAACAAAAAAGGUACACUAAAAAUUUCAGCAUUGCUACCAAUCACUGCAUUUUGGCAGGAGGAGGAUGAAUUGUUCCCUUAAGAGGAAAGAAGAGAGUCAGUGGGAAAAUGUAAAAGACAAAAUUGGUAUUUCCGCAAAAACAGAUUUUGAAAGAGAGAAGUGAACAUGUACAAACAGAUUAUUAGAGAAAAGGCAAGUAUUGCAGAGUGAAACUGCAGUGGGAAGACUAAGUUGUGUUGUUCUGGAGUGUUCACAUAAUAAUCUAAAAUAAUAAAAUCUCUAGUUCUAGAGUAAUCUCUAGGAACUAUCGUUUUAACUGGCUUGAAAUUUUUUGUGCUCUCAAACGCUGCUGCUUUGUUCUGAAGGCUGAAAAGAGAGUGAAAGGACUCUGACUCCCAGCAUACACGGUUGUUUGGGAUACCGCUGCUUCUGCAUUUAAUAUUAAGCCACAUCCCCUGCACCCAGCCCUCACCUGGCAGCAGUUCAGUGGAAGCAAAAAGUGAAGUAUGAGGCUGCUUAGCAAUAAAGGAGUACUUUUUCUUAAAAAAACCCACAACAUGUUUAGGCCCAAAUUAGUGAAGAAACAUUUAUAGAAGUUCUGCACCUCUUUUCCCAGCAGGCAAAGAGAGGUCUAGACAGCCCCUAAAGGAGCAGGCAGAAUCGGUUUCUGCAAGACAGUGAUAAGGACAUAAAGCUACUUUUAUGCAGAGGAGUUUCCAUGAUGUUCCAUCCAAUGUUUAAUUCUCCUGCUUCAGUUGUUGGAAGGCUGUACUGUCUACAGGCACUUCUUCCAUUCUUCGUUUUCCUCAGAUGCAGGCUCCUAUCUGUGUUUUGCAAAACCCAUCAAAUAACAUUUUGCAACAUCUUCAAGUUAUUUCCAAACAGGUGUAGAGUAAGUCUAGAUUAUGAUCACAGGAGACGUCAGACAUGUUUGUCCGAUGCAACUGUCUGCGCCAUAGUACGUUUUUUUGGUCAGAAAAGCAAGUGGUUGCUGAUUCUGUUUUAAUAAGUCAGAGGCUGACGCCACUCGCGCUGUUUGUGUUACAUUUGACAUCUCUCCGAGCAUGUGAUGGUAUGGCUAGAGAAGGCAAAAAAAAAAAACCCCAAACUGCAACCUCUUCUGAGUACAUGAGACAGUUUAACACUGCAACUGCCCCAGCAAGCACAUAGUUGUGAAGGUGUAUGAGGGAUCCACCUUGUUACUGGUGUGAAUCAGUGGCCAGACAAGUGUAGGUGUGCAGUUGCUGACUGCCUGAGCAGCAGCUUUGGCAGCACAGUACCUAGGACGUGCUUUGCUUUACAUAAUUAGAACUGGGGAGAUACUCCACCAAAAAAGCUUUUUUUAAAAAACCUGUACAUUGCCAAAGGUGCUUUGAAUAGGGCUCAUGUUCCUCCCACAACACCAGCACUGCAACAGAGGCUGCAGGUUGAGAGGGUGCAAAGGGAAGGAGCAGCAGAGCUUUCAGAAAAGCUUCAGGAUGCUGGUCUGGCCUGCUUUCGCUUUCCUCCUUCACCUUCUGCCGUCAGAGGGAAUGAAGUUGUGCUGUAGCAGAGAGGAUGACAGAAGGUUAUGCACUAGGAAAAUGCUGGUGCCCGCUGAGCCAAACCCUGUUUGUUAUUGUAGCCGUCAUCUGGCUUUUACCCAGCGCUCUGUUCAUCUUAGUACAACCUUAGCAUUGCAGCUGAUAAAGUUUCUCACCACUCUGUGUCCCUCUUCAGGAAACGUACAUUCUUUCUACCACUAAUUUUGCUUUUCUAAUGAUGUAACAACAGUGCUUUGGUUUGUUCCUCUUAGAUUUUUUUUUUUUUUUAAUCUUGUUUGUAACCAUGACACAUAAGGGGUUUUUUUUGAUCCCUCUCCCCCCCACCCCAUCCCCCCCCACCAAAAGUUCUCCCUUUUCUGCUCUGGCAUUGGUUUCAGUCUGAAGGCUGAGUGGAGCACAUGUAAGUGUGACUAAUGCAAGGGGAAGAUAUUGCAUUUCUUGUAAAUAUUAUCUAGUCAGCAGCAAAACUGUAAAUACAACGUAUAUAAAUUUUGUUUGGGAUCAAUUUCCUUAAAUUAAAGUUUAUUUUGAAUUAAAAACAUUUCAGGACAUUUUCUGAGCUUUAUUCAGAAGACCUAGAAUGGACAUGAACACAUUCCGAAAGAAGAAAUGCUCAUCUAUUGUGUCACAUAUGCCAAUAACGUAUCAGUUAUGCACUCCAUAAUGCUAUCAGGAGCCACCACUGUCCUUAUGCAACUUUGAGGACGGAGAAGAAAAUGAAGAGCUACGGAGCUGUGGAACGAAAGCUAUUUGUUAUUGUCUAGUAAUGUACAGGUAAUGCGUCGUACAGGUUUUCAGAGACAUCGUUAUUGCCUAGUGAUGUAGGACAUUCUGCCUUGUGUGGUUUUAUGGCUACUCAUUUUCCAGAACUAACAGGACAAGUAAGCUAGUAUUUCAUAAAUCUAGGAGGAACUUGAGGAUGCCCUCUGUGUGUGUGGGCAGGUGCGUGUGCAUUUUUGAUGCCUUAGGAAAAGGAUUCUGUAUGGUGCUGGAGAGAACCUAGCCUAUUUUAAGGUCCUGCCUGUUUAAAGUAGUCAUCUCCUUCUUGCUUUUAUUCCUUUUCGUCUUUUGAGCUCCUCUUCUUUCAUAAAUUCUUCAUAAUGAAAUAGUCAUCUGUGCAGGAAGAUGUAUGACAAAUAGCUUGCCCUUUCUAUAUAUCUUCAGUUGGUUCCUCAACUUAGGAGAAAGGAUUUACUUGGGUUAAAAAUCUAAUGGCCUGGAAAUGAAUCCGUGUAAACUUUCUGAGUUUUGCUUGGAAUCAAAGAGGCUAUUGUGGCCUAUGGGAAAGUCAUGGGCCUGUGGAACAAAUUGCAGAAUUCCUUCAGAUGACAUGCACAGGAGAACCAGAGAUGUUAUUUACACUUGGGUUGAGCAACGGUUUAGUGAUUGUGCAGUGGGAGCUGGGACCUUUGGGUCCAUAGGUCAGGUAACAGAUACUUAGAAAUUAUACAAAAUUGGAGAAUUAGAGUAGAAGCUAGGAAGGGUUAAAAGAAUGUAGGUGCCAGACUUUUAAAUUAAGAGUUGAGAAGACUAUAAAACCUAAGAGGAUAGAAUCUCAAAGAUUAAUGCAGUGAAGAUGAGUGUGAGUGUAUGAUUAAGCAAGUAUAUGAAUGUCCUACUCCUAAAUUUUCAAAGGAUUAACAUGAAGGAGGAAUAUUAUUUAUUGUAGACGUUUUUACACACACAAAAUUGUAUGUGUGGCCGCCUUGGCCACCUGGGCAUGCUGCUGGCUCACAUUCAGCCAGCUAUCGACUAACACCCCCAGGUCCUUUUCUGCUGGGCAGUAUUCUAGCCAUUUGUCCCUAGGCUUGUAGUGUUGCAUGGGGCUGUUACGGCCCAAGUGCGGGACCCGGCUCUUGGCCUUGUUAAACCUCACACAAUUGGCCUCGGCCCAUGGAUCCAGCCUGUCCAGGUCCCUCUGCAGAGCCUUCCUACCCUCAAGUGGAUCAACACUCCCGCCCAACUUGGUGGCUUCUGCAAAAUAGGUGCAUUUGAUCCCUAUGUCCAGAUCACUGAUGAAGAUAUUAAAGAGAACCGUCCCCAACGCUGAGCCCUGGGGAGCCCCGCGUGUGACCGGCUGCCAACCAGCUUUAGCUCCAUUCACCAAACUGUUUGGGUCUGGCCAUCCAGCCAGUUUUUUACUCAACACAGAGUACACCUGUCCAAGCCACAAGCAGCCAGUUUCUCCAGGAGAAUAUUGUGGGAAAUGGUGUCAAAGGCUGCCCUGAAGUCUAGGUAGACAACAUCCCCAGCCUUUUCCUCAUCUACUAAGCGGGUCACUGCGUCAUAGGAGGAGAUCAGGUUAGUUAAGCAGGGCCUGCCUUUCAUAAACCCAUGCUGACUGGGCUGAUCAGCCGGUUGUCCUGUACAUGCCGCGUGGUGGCACCCAAGAUGAUCUGCUCCAUUUUUGUAAUAGUCUAAGUGAUAACAGGAAAUGGCAAAGGAUGUCUUCCAAACAGUGAAGUCUAUGGGCUUCCCUGGAAAAGCUACCAAUAACAUCGUUACUUCAGUGGUUUGCACUCCAUCCUGGAAAAUACACUUUUAUGAGAAUUGCCAAUUGUACAGAGAUGGAAUUAAUCUCUGUGAAUAGGAGGAGCUGUGCAACAGCAGACCUUCAUUCCGCAAUAGUAUGCGUUGCAUUAGGUUUUGCUGCUGGAGGCAAGGGCUACUACCCUCGUGACCUCGUGCAGAUACAGACAAGCGAGUCCAUUCUUCCACGACAAGUCAUAUCUCAAGCAUUGAAACUGCCAUUUGUUAGCCCAGUCUUCACCAAACUGAAAGUAAAAUAGGACAUCUGCACUGGAAAACUAUUAGCAGCUGAUUUCUCAUAAAACAAGAAAGCCGUUGUUUUUCAGGAGCUUGCAUGCUGUUGCAAUCCAUCUGCUCUACCCCCAUGGGUAGCGUUAAGCACCACAGUGCCAUCUGGAGUUGAAAAGUAAAGUACUAUUGUUUCCAAAACUGGAAGGAAUGUAAAAGGGCUAGAAGUACAUAUUCUUUGAUUAAUUUUUUUUGUCUCAAAACACAGAUUCAAGCUUUCAAAAUCACCAUUUACUUUCAGUCUGGAGAAAUGUUAGAGUGAAGUUAGUCAUGGGAAACAGGUCGCAAAAUACUUGUUUUGGUGGCUUGAGAUCAAGAUCAAUUCAAUAUGUGCACCAUGAAAGCUACAAAAUGCAAAUUAUCUUUGCACGGCACCACUUUAAGACAUAAACAGUCCUGCAAGCUGGGAUUAUUCUAAGCAGCCUCACAGAGCUCAGAGAAAAUCCAUGUGGCAAAAGACAUAGUGAAUUUGUUCUUCCACUGCUAAAAAUCAAUAGAAAUUUUGUUGCUGAAUUAAUCUGAAACCCAGGUUGCCGCAGUUAGAAUUUGUGGGAAAGUAUAUAGAUUCCUGUUUUCUCUCCUGCCUCUUAUAAUGCUGUUCUGACCUUCUUACUCUUUCCAAUAACGCUUACUGUAUUACUGAGGUGGCAAGAAAGAAGAUCUGAACAUGAGGAGCUUUGUAAAAUCUUUUUCCUAAACAUGAUCUGCUGUCCUAAAUUUGUGAAGUUCUUUUGAGCCCUGUAUAAAUAAAUGGGAGGUCUGCAAAGCGGCUAGGAAAUACUGCCAAUGAUAUUUUAUUUGCUGUUCAUUAGAAUAAUGGAUAUUAUUUGGUCUGGGUUUUUUUUUCCUGGGUAAAAAUGUGGUUUAUGUUCCUUUACAGAGUGGCAUAGGAGUAUAAACUCACGGUUUGUACAUGUGCUGACUGCUACAGAAAUAAAUCAAUCCAGGUGACCCCCAUAAUUUCUCUUAAUCUCUUACUGUAAUUCUGAAUACAUUUUUAGGCAAAAGAACGCUUGUCCAUCAGCUGCACAGAAGUCCCUGCCGUAGCUCUCUGAGCAGAGGAGUGGGGACCUGAAUCCUAAUCCUGGCUACAAGACCGCCUACUGCUGCGACCUUGAGCACGUCGUAUAUGUGGCUCCAUACAACGAUUGUACCUCCACCGUCACAGGAUUUGGGGGAGGAUUAAUUUGUUCAUGUCCGCUUAAAAAGAUGAAAAGCAUUAAGUCCUCCCAGCUGCAGGUUGUUGGGCAUCAGUCAACACCAUGAAUGUCAGAUAUUGAAACAGACAUGCCAGGAGCCAGAGAAUGUUCAGUAAAACUGAAGACACUGUAAAGGGUUGAGUGGAGAGGAAAAAUAACGAGACGUACUGUCCCUGUUGUCCAGGUGCUUUUAUAACUCAGGCCCUUUGGAGAAAGACCAGAGAAGAGCUACCCAUUGUAGAUUGCCUUCUGAACCGCUGCACUCAAGUUUUCCACCUCUGAGCAACAGAAGCAUCGACUGUCCUUAUUUCCUUGAAAAACGUGUCUUUUCCUGCGCCUGCUCGGUACCAGCUAAGCUGGCUGCGCUGUUCGGGACUGAGCGAGUUGCACGGUAUUCAGUGGGUAGGGAAGUUUUCAAGAGUUUCUUUCGUUAUACCCUUAAAAUGUAUCCUUAAAAGGUUAUGUGUAAUUCAGAUUGGGACUAUGGACUAAAAAUGGUAAAGGGAUUGUUGGUGGUGUGUGGUUUGGACCAAGGGUAGCAAGCUUUUGUAGUAACACAGCUUGUCCUGUCAUGCACGCAGCCAAACUCUGACUUGAAGCUGCAUGUAACAAUUACUCAGUAUUUAAGCUAUACUUUCUCACCAAGCACCUCUCUUGCAAAGCCAUUGCCCUACUUCAUGCUGUUAUAAUGCGGCGAAGAGAGAGAGCUCACAAGGGAAACACCGGGCACAGAAAUCUGCCCCUGGAACAACUGCGUAUUGACUUAAUAACAAAGUGACUGUUUUUAAAACCUUUGGCUAGCUAGCCAGCCUUCAUAGUCUAUAUUCCUAAGGCAAAUUCAAACGCUGUAACUCCUCUCCCAUGCAAGAAGGUUUUAUUAAAAGGGACAAGGUGCUGAAAACUUCACAAGUCCUAAUAAUUCAUGCUUUUUCCAGGGCAGAUGAUGUUGUGGACUGAUGCCUGGAGACUUUUCUGCACCUCUUGGUACAGCAAAUACCAGCCAAACAUUCCACAUUGCCCAACUCACAAGCGCACUGCGUUAAGAUUAGAACAUAAAUAAUGUGGCUUUUUAAGUUUCAUUUGUGUAAGAGAAAGCACCAUGAAUUUUGCUCAAGUCCAUUCUCACCAGCGGGACUAUUAAUGAAUGGCACCGUGUAAGGAUUUGUAAAACAGAAUCUUUAAUUCUAGUAGAGACAGGAGUUUCUCCGCUGAAUUCAAAAUAAGUAAAAUCCAGUGAAGACAGAGAAGCAGGAAAUUCCCAUUCCAAAUAUAGGCAGGUAGAGCCUUUUCCACUGUAAUUUAAAUUGCUUGCUUCAAUCCAGGGGUGAUGACUAGUCCUUGGUUUUUUAGGGGGAGGUUGGGAAGGGGGAAGGGUUCGGGUUCACUAAAAUGGUAAAUUAAAAUACACACAACAUUUAAAGGUUACGCUAAACAUCAUGCUUUUUAUUUUGGGGGAAAAGAGCAAGAAAAUAGCAGUAUUUUAACAGACUAGAAAAAGCCUCAUCUAAAUACCAAAAGCACAGCAAAUUAUAUUCAAAGCUGAUACAUUCUUAAGUCAAAGCAUUAAGUUGUAUGCACAUAUGCAUGUAUAUACACUCAUACAUAUAUACACACAUACACAACUUUUUAAAUAUAGUUGUAGCCGUUUGGAUUAUCUGUGUUUGCCUUAUUGUUCAUUUUAGGUUUGGGUGAGUGAAGUAAUUAGACCAGAAUUAACAUUUAAAAAAAAACAAA